AUGAACAGAGCUUCGGGAGCAUAUAAAAUAUCCUCCCAAUCUCGCUCCAAGUUGAACGCAUUCCGAUACAGCAAAGACGAACGAAAUCCAGAGAAGACCCCUCAAAAGGCCGCGACAACUGGUCAUGCGGACAAGGAGAAUCAAACGUCGUGGUUGAAUGGCGUGGUAGAAAAGAAACAGGCAGAAUCAGAUACGAACCCACCUACGAUCGAGACAACCGAACAAAAGCCUCUCAAAGAAUGCCCCCAGACACCAGGAAACCGGAUUCCCCUAGCAGACCUGAUUAGCAAUGCCGAGGAUGCUUUCAAUAGUGCCCCAGGGCAAGAGUUCACGCCCGAAGACUACGUCACUUGGCAACAUGUCCCUGCGAGUUCCAACGCCGAUCCAAUGUCACAAACACCUGCAAUGCACGGCAAGAAGCGUCGGCACAGCUCGUCGCCAACUAGUUCGCCUCUGGCAGCAACCUCGAAAGGCAAGCGAAAAGGAUCGGCCGAUUUACAAAAUGACCAGUCCCUGAUUAAAACUCCUCAGCAUGAUCUUGCCACCGAACUAUGGAACAACUAUGUGGGUAAGUCCCUUGCCAAUGGCACCGGCGAACUUCCUCAACCACGAUUUGCGCAUCUGCUUUCAUCUUCCCCACAAACACCCGCAUCGGCCCGAACAGGACGAGGCAGUUCUGGGUUGAGACGGUCAAAUAGCUGCAAUGCUGAGUGGCCUACUUCAAAGGCGAAGCGGAGAAGAGUCGACGGCGAAAGGUUUGGUGGGGGUCGUGGCAUCUUCUCCAGAACAAGGAGUAAUGUCGUGGAUUCGGGUAACAACCAAGCUUCCAAUCUGAGCACUCUCGUCAAGCAGAUGGAGAGGACCUUGCAAAAGGUACCUGAACGAUCAGUUGCUCCAGACUCGUCACCAGUUCCAAAGCGCGGCAAAGCAUCAAAGAGUCAUUUGGCAUCUCCGACAGGCGGCAGAAGUCCUUGCUGCUCUCCUAAGAAGGCUAGCGAUGUGCUCGAGCCCCUUGAAGCUGAAAUCAUUCCCCAGGAGACAGAACUUGUCCAAGAUCUGUCCUCCGAUUAUGGGGACGAUGAGUUUGAUGAGGACUUUCUCGAACUUGCAGAAGCAUCAAUAGAUCCUUUCGUGGAAGCUACUAAUCCACCACGCAACCUUGCAGAGAAUAGCAAUCCUGCAAAAUUGACGGCACCACCGCCACAUAAGGGAGCUCCAUCGCUCCAAGAGACGACGGCCUCUAAUGUUACCGGCACAGCGACAUCAAAAGCGGAAAUGACCAUGAACAACAAUAAAGACUUUGACCUUGACGAUGAUGAAUUUGACGACGACGACUUUGAUGAUCUUUCUGAUAAUAUAGAAGAUCUCCUUGCCGAGUGUGAUAAAACACCUAGCAUGAAACUGGCAAGGCCCAUACCCAAAGGGCCAAAUGUGCCGGAACAGCCGCUGUCCGGCACUGAACCCCGGCGCUAUGAUUUUGCAGCAACAGUUGGAUCAGCCAAUGAGAUGAAGAAAGACACUGACAUCUCUUCUGGCGAUGAGUUUGACGAUGGUAGCUUAGACAUGGAUGCUAUCGAACAGUCUAUGAGACAAUCAGGAAAUCUUAGAAGUCGACAAACUAUCAAACGCUAUCUGAUCAUUGACAUUGCUGAGUCAGCGUAUACAAGCCCCAGAGGACGCGUCCAACCAGAACAGGUCAGCCAAUUACACGCCCGCAUAGCCCCAUUUAUUGACACCGUAAACAGGUACUACUUGUACAAGAUGAAAGAUCCAGAGAAGACAAGAAAGUGGUCAUCCUUCGGGAGUCAUGGUCCGAUAGCCCAUGUACCAAGGAGUCAUAUAUUCACCUGA